AUGAACCGAGACAGAGGCGCGGCAUCCGGGCUUGGAUCGGACGGGAUCCAGGCGGUGAUGGGACGGGACAGAGCCACAGCAGGAGGGCCCGGGCUGGACACGCUCCAGCCCGCAAUGAGUCGGGACAGACCGGGGAGCGGGGACGGGGUUCAGACGAUGGUGGGCCCAGAGAGCGGGGAGAUGUUGGACGCAGGCGCCACCGCGGAAAAGCGGCUCUUCUCAGUGACCGGAAGCAGAGAUCCUCAGGCCGUAGAAAACCACACGGAGCCCCCGCCGGUGUUAGCUCCGCCACAACAGGGCCCCACCGGCCACCGUACCACCUCCUUCUCCGUCCUGGACAUCCUGGACCCCAAUAAGUUCACGAGCAACCGGCGACACACGUCGCCGCCGCAGCACGUGAGCCACCACGGGGAGCGCGAGCUGAUCGCUUACGAUGCGGAGAACCGGAGAGCAGGGCCCGGGGAGCGCGAGCUCAGCAGCCUGGAGCCCAGCAAGAGUUGCUACGUCGCGGAGGAAUACCAGAGCAAGGACAGUUUUGUAUACCGAAGUCCAGAUGAGGAGGACUACCACCGCUCUGGGACUCCAGACUCUGAGGGUCCGGAUGGGACCUACAGCAGCGAGGAGAGCAGCUCCGCUUUGGCUAGCAACGGAGACAGAGAGCUGGGCCAGCACGGCCACUCUGACCCCAGCAGAGACACAAAGAGUCCCGGUGGAGGCCCCCCGGCUCAGAUCAGUGGCGGUCAGACCAACGCAGGGCAGGGCACCAAGCCCAAGAGGAAACGCUCCGGCUCGGACUCCAAGUCAGGGAAGCCCCGCAGGGCCCGGACUGCCUUCACCUACGAGCAGCUGGUGGCGCUGGAAAACAAAUUCAAGUCCACACGCUACCUGUCGGUGUGUGAGCGCCUCAACUUGGCCCUGUCCCUGUCCCUCACCGAGACCCAGGUCAAGAUCUGGUUCCAGAACCGCCGGACCAAGUGGAAGAAGCAGAACCCUGGAGCCGAUACCUCGGCCCCCACGGCAGGGGGAGCUGGAGGAGCAGGGGGGGCAGGCGGGGUAGCAGGGGGAGGCCUCGGCAGCCUGAGUCCUCUGAGCCCGUCUCCUCCGGUCAGCGGCCACCUGGCCAUGCACGCUGGCUAUGCCGGACACCACCACCCCCCCACAGGGAGCCUGGUGCAGCUGCCUUUCCUCACUGCCAGCCAUGUCCUGUCUCCGUUCAUGCUGGGAACUCAGAGCUACGCGGCGCCUGCCUUCUACAGCACACACCUGUAGAGCCACACAGUGAACUGCAGAGCAGCAAACCUUUUUACUACCAAUACCUGAAGGCUU